GAUAGCACAGUUUGUAUGUGGAGAAUCUUAAGUGCAAAGUGCAGUGAUUCAUGCAGUUUCUGUCUUCUGAUCUUCAGUAUUUAUUAUCUUCUGCAGUGUGUACCUGGGAGCUUGGAGGAUCCAAAAACCGUGACACAUCAUAAGUUGAUACAUGCUACUUCUGAGAAGGUGCUGACAGACACAAAAACAGUGUUGGAAGAAAACAUUCAAGAUAGAGAUGUCUUGCUUUUGAUAAAGAAGCGUGCGCCACCUCCACUCCCCAAAAUGGCAGACGUGUCAGCAGAGGAGAAAAGGAAACAAGAGCAGAAAGCUCCUGAUAAGGAUGCUAUUCUCAAAGCAACUGCAAAUCUGCCCUCUCGCAAUGUAGAUCGCACUGUGGCCCAUCACAACAUGAGGGAUUUUCCUUUCUUGCAGUUCCAGACAGAGCUCCGGAAGAUACUAGUGUCUCUCAUAGAAGUUGCACAGAAAUUGCUAGCACUGAACCCAGAUGCAGUUGAACUGUUUAAGAAGGCAAAUGCCAUGCUGGAUGAGGAUGAGGAAGACAGAGUGGAUGAGAUAGCUCUGCGACAGCUUACAGAAAUGGGGUUUCCAGAAAGCAGAGCUGUCAAAGCCCUUCGAUUAAAUCAUAUGUCGGUGACACAGGCCAUGGAGUGGUUGAUAGAACACGCAGAUGACCCUACAGUGGAUGCUCCGCUUCCAGGUCAGACUCCAUCAGAAACCACAGCUGAAGCUGGUGCAUCCUCUGCUGAAGCUGGUGCAUCCUCUGCUGAAGCUGGUGCAUCCCCUGCUGAAGCUGGUGCAUCCUCUGCUGAAGCGACUGUGGGUCCUACUUCAGAAGCAGGUGGGGAAGAGGCCAAGGAUGAGCUGACAGAAAUAUUCAAGAAGAUCCGGAGGAAAAGAGAGUUUCGCCCAGACCCACGGGCUGUCAUUGCCCUGAUGGAGAUGGGAUUUGAUGAAAAAGAGGUGGUAGAUGCACUCAGAGUAAACAACAACCAGCAAAAUGCAGCCUGUGAAUGGCUGCUGGGAGACAGAAAGCCUUCUCCAGAGGACUUAGAUAAGGGAAUUGACACCAAUAGCCCUCUCUUCCAAGCCAUCUUAGAAAACCCAGUGGUACAGUUAGGGCUAACCAACCCUAAAACUCUACUAGCCUUUGAGGAUAUGCUUGAAAACCCCUUGAACAGCACUCAGUGGAUGAAUGAUCCGGAAACUGGGCCUGUCAUGCUACAGAUCUCUCGAAUCUUCCAGACGCUGAAUCGCACGUAGAGGGGAAUGCCAGUCCACUGUGCCACUUCCUACUGUCCCCUGCUUCACCUUCUCCUCAACGGGAGGGCGCAUGGAUCGUUUGGGGAGGGGGGCGGAUGGAAGGGGAGGGGGGGGAGAUCCUGCCUGAAUGGGUCUCUCACACGAGAGCUUAUGUAGUUACGGCCAACUGAAGUUAAUUGCCUUGUGGAUUUAGUGUUAGUGGAAGAGGUUUGAAGACUUGUUUAUGUUUUCAGGUAUUAGGUUUAAAAUAAAGUAUAUCAAAAAAUAGGAAAAGGUUUUGUGAAAACAAUUAAGAAUCUGAUUGUUGGACAGAAAUAUGAUGAUGCUUGUUAAAAAGGCCUGUGGCAGUAGUUGUCUAGCCAGUAUUGCUAGCAUCUGGCUAGUGUUUACAAAA